CUGGUGAUGAUAAUAGUAGUGGCGGUGGUGGUGGUGGUAGUGGUGGUGCUGCUGCUGCGUACCUAUGUUACUGCUAUAUGUUGUUGGUGCUCGCUCUCUACCUAUACUAUCUACUUGGUAGUGCGUAAAAGGAGGGGCGUGUGUGUACCGGGAAUGUCACCAGCAGCAGGUAGCGCGGCGGGUAGGGACAAUAAGAGAGGGAACGGGGGCAAUACGAAACCGUCGCAGAGGGGAUGGGGAAGCUAGGACGAGAAAGGCGAUAGGGAUCGGUACGAGUAGUGGAAGGGGAGAGCGAGGACCCAAAGAGUAGCAGGGGCGGGCCGUAAGGCAAGAUCAGUAGCCUACUUUCACAGUACAGAGCAAGCAAUAGAGCGAGAGAGAUGGCCUGCAAGAGCAAGGCGAGCAAAGAUGCAGGUCAGCAAGAGAGCAUAAUUCUCAGAGCGGCC